UGCCAUCUCGUGUGCAGAACCAAACCCCUCAAUUAAACUUGACGAUCACGAUCUUGCGUUGUAUUGAUUCAUUCAAGAUUUCUCAAAUGCCCUACUUAUUACCGGGUCUCUGCCAAGUCAAGUCAGUGCAUUUCUCGAUCAAAAUCAGUGGCGUCUCACUGUCAUGAUUGAGGGGCGGACCAACAACCCACCAUACUUGCUCGGCCGACACGCAGCGAAUAGCGGGGGAGCAAGCUCCGGUGCUCAAGAUCCAGACCUCCAAGGAGAAAGAGUCGUGGUUGCUAAAGAGACGAAGAGAAAGAAAAGAAAAAACAAGGCGGUGCGCCUGUUUCGUUCGUCCCAAACCCCGAGGCAUAUGAUUGGAGAAGCAGGAACAUGCACGGGUCACCACCACCUCCAUCUUGCCCCUAUUGCCCGCAUUUCUUCAACGAAUUGUGGAGUUGGGCUCAAAUUUGCAUGCUAGCCAGCUAGCUGCCCUUGCUGCAUUAUCUUAUCUCGUGUUUUUUCUACUUCUGGGCCAGAUGGCACGCAGCGCAAAGGCAGCGAGCGUCGCUCAGCUGGGGGAUCUUCAAAUUCCCCCCCCGUGCCCACAAUAAAUAAUUAAACCCCGUUCAUGCCAGACUUGGCAAAGAAUUCUUACCAUGCAGCCAAGGCAGGUACAGAGCUCUACCGGGAAAGCGGCCGCGCUAAGGUGCGCAUGGCUUCUUUUGUCCACGACGUUCUGUCCGGCACCAUCAUGUAGUUAUAAACUCGUCGCUGGGGUUUCCCCCGUGAUGACGGUCUUGCUUCCCCCUUCCCCUCGCUCACUCGCCUCCACGCUCUUUUAAUUGUCAUUCGUUUUUGUUUGCUUGUUUUUUUCUUCCUCGGGGCAAAAUGAAGUUUCUCGCUCUUGCCAGCCUGGCCACCUGCGUCGCGUCGGUGGCAGGCUCCGGGCCCGCUGCUGACGGCGCCCGGGCCGAAAAGCGCGAGGUCAGCGGCUCCUACAUUCCCACCAAGGCGCCGUAUGACAAUCUCUGGCUCAAAGUCACCGACGAGGAGGAGAGGGAUAUCAUAAGCUUCAUCGACCGGGAGAGAAAUGUUUCCAUUCCCUUGGGAUUCAACUUUGUCCGAUCCUCCAUCUGGCUGCUGGCCCCCAACAAGACCGAGGCAAGUCUGUACCUGUCAGGCCAGGGCCAGAAGCCGAAGCGGUAUGCGCGCAUCAUGGGCGACGGUGAUUGCGUGGCCCGCGAGUACAUGAUCGGACCUCUGCCCGUCAGCAACGCGACGAGGGCCACUGCUCUCGACUACAUGUACCGCGGCAACGCGACGCUGGUGAGCAACUCUCAGUGGUGUACCGGGUCGAGCAGCAACAGCAAGCUCCGCCGCGACGCUGCCGAGGAGGCCCGCGCCAGCAGGGAGAAGAGGACCCUGGAGCGUCGCGAGCCCUCCAACCCCUACAACGAAAAGAUGGGCUGGAACGGCGACGAGCUGCCGCACGACGACCAGUCGCCCCCGGUGGCCAUCCUGCCCAACGGCGCGCGCCACGAGUUCGACCCCGAGCAGAACUACGUCUCGUGGAUGGACUUUACCUUUUACGUGGCCACGGGGCGCGCGGGGCUUUCCGUGCACGACAUCCGAUACAAGGGCGAGAGGGUCGUGUACGAGUUGGCCAUGCAGGAGGCGCUCUCGCACUACGCCGGCCCCGACCGGGCCCAGACGUAUGCUUCCUACAUUGACGUGACCAUCGGCUUCACGGGCUUCAACCUGAUCCCCGGGUUCGACUGCCCGUCCUACGCGACCUACACGGACGCCUUUUGCCUGUUCGAGUUCCCCAAGGAUUUUCCCAUGAACCGGCACUACAACCGCCAGUACCGGACCUACGACGCGACCAGCAACACGGCGUUUAUGCUGCGCAGCGUCAGCACCGUCGACAACUACGACUACAUGACGACGUACGAGUUCCGGCACGACGGGUCCAUCGAGGUCAUCGUCCGCGCCUCGGGCUACAUCCAGGGCUCCAGGGCCGUCAACGAGGAGAAGGCGUGGGACUACGGGUUCAAGAUCCGCGAGGACCUCUCGGGCUCCAUGCACGACCACGUGCUCAACUUCAAGGCCGACCUCGACAUCUACGGCACCAACAACAGCCUGUUCAAGACGCAGUUUGUGCCCCACCAGGAGGUAUACCCCUGGUCCAGCGGCGCCGUGGUCAACACGAUGAAGGCCGAGCGCAGCUUCAUCACCAACGAGGACCAGGGCAAGAUCAACUGGGCCCCCAACGCCGCGGCGUCCUACGCGGUCGUCAACAGGGACAAGCCCAACGAGUUUGGCGAGUACCCGGGCUACAAGAUCUACCCGUCCACCGGCUCGAGCAUCCACGUCACGGUGCAGAACUCGACCGUGUUCCCGCGCGAGAUCAACUGGGCGACGCACCACCUGUACGCCCUCAGGCGCAAGGACUCGGAGCCCGUCUCGGCCCACCCCAUCACCGCCUGGGACAAGGCCAAGCCGCCGUUUGUCGACUUUGACAACUUCUUUGACGGCGAGUCCCUGGAGCAGGAGGACCUCGUCGUCUACUUCAACCUGGGCAUGCACCACAUGCCCGACACCUACGACCUGCCCGUCACCGUCUUCCAGGGCGCCCAGUCCGGCAUGACCCUGCGCCCGCAGAACUACCAGCGCAGCGACGGCUCGCUCUCCACCAGGCAGCAGAUAUACGUUGACACCAGGGAGGUCAAAAAGUACGGCAGGGAGGAUCUCGAGGGGUCGUACGACCUUGCCAAGGCCAACCCGCCCUUUUACCCUGGCCUGGGCAGCUAGCCUUGACGUUGACAUGUUGGGGACGUUUUGUUUCUUUUUGUUUUCCGUUUGAUGUCUUGUCUACGAGCGCUUCGGUUUGUGUUGCAGGGCUUGUUCUCAGGGUUGGGUUUUCAUCGGUUACGGGCUGGGGUUGGAUAUACGAUGUACUUUAAAUCAAAGUGGAGUUGACCAUGACGAUCAUUUUCACACUCCCACGUCUUGGUGCAACCGAGUUUAUGCACACGGCGCCCUGUAUACAACUACUGCUCAACUUGAUUUGAUAAUAUGUUACAUGAUACACCGUGA